UGUUACUGCGGUGUGUUGCGUUUCAACCCGUGUGUUUUUAAUCCAGGUUUAUUUUCCUAUCUCGGUGCUGCUGCACAGAUAAGUGUGAACAAAGUUUGACUGUUAUUAGCGUUAGCAGACCUUAGCGUUAGCAAGCUAAUGUUCGCUGAUCUUAUCAAAAGUGGUUGCUGCGGGUUGUUGGAUGUCACAUCAUAGGUGCUGCAAACAUAAAACUAAAGAGGGAGGCCCAUUAUCCCUACCAAAGGAGGAUACAGUUUUUCUUAUUGAGUUUUUCCUAUUCAAUUAUGGCGGCUUAAACACCAACAAAAGGGAUGUCCAUGAUGGGGGGAGGGGUUUGAGAUCACAUAUCCCUUGGUCUGUGUGUGUGUGUGUGUGUGCGUGCGUGUGUGCAUGCUUGAGGAAUUUAUUUAUUAUCUAAUGUUUGUACACAUAGUCACCUACCAUAUGUUUAAGUUGAAAAGGUUAGAUAAUGUAUUAGACAUUUCUGCAGUAAAUUUACAAGAUAAUAAAAUGUACAGUGAUCCUGGGUGAUCUGACCACAGUGCGAUAUUAUGAUUACUGGUUUGAGGAUACAUUUUAAUUUUGCAAUUUAAAAUAGUCCAUCCUUUUUUUUUAACUGCACAUUAUGUGUUUUGUCGGACAUACAUCUACUGGGACUGUAACUGAAAAAUAAACAUUGUGGUUACAGCAGUUAAAAGUCCAGAGGUGGUACUCUGUACAAGGUACAUGUAAUAUGGAUUCAGGUGUAAAGUCUAUAUGCAGGGAAUAGGAUGUUUUGAGGAAGAAAAAUGAGAGAUGUAUCCAAUGCUGUGUGAUAAUGGACUGGUACUUUUGCUUCCUCUGUAAAACAGCCUUUAAGUUUCAUACUUAGGUGAGCUUCACUUUUGUUUUCACUGUCUUGACCUGAGUCAAACCUCCCACUUCUUCUGCCCCCUUAUCUCUUUUACUAUUUUCCAUUUUGGUGUGACAGAGUGUGUCUGUGUGGUGGGCAAGACCUUGGGUUUUCUCAAACCUCUCUCCCUUUGAAGGACAUCGCUUUUCCCUCAUAUUGCUAUACUUAAAUCCAAAAAUGGAAACUCUUGUUCAACUCAAAAACAACCAGUUUUUGAUGGGGUUGUGUCGUAACGGGCCUCCACCUGACCUACAAUAUGAUAACUCCUCAGAGCUCUUCCGCAUCUCUACUUUUGCUCGUUUCCCGGCUUCGGGAGUCACAGAGCGGAGCCUGGCGCGGGCAGGUUGGUUCUACACCGGCGUGGGUGACCGCGUGCAGUGUUUCAGGUGCAAUGUGACAGCAGAGGGCUGGCAGGCCGGAGACUGUCCGACAGAGAGACACAGACAGCUCUCUCCUUCCUGCGCCUUCAUCCAGAGCCUCCCAUCUACAGCCAACCUGCUCUCCUCCUCUCACUCUGCCUUUUCCCCACUCCGCAUUGCCCCAGCCAUACCGCUUUCUGGUCCAGGCCCAGCUGCUCCUAACCCCACAGUAAGCCAAGGUGACGAGCCAGUCGGCUACAUGAAUAUGGGUUUCUCUGCUCCGCCGCCCUCCAGCCCGCUGAGCUCACGUGGUGUGGAGGACAUGUCCCACCAGAGACCAACAUGCCACAACCCCAGCAUGCGCAGAGAGCAGGACCGCCUGGACUCCUUCCACUCCUGGACGCUCUCCAUCAUCACCCCCGCAGAGCUUGCCAAGGCGGGCUUCUACUAUUUAGGCCAGGCUGACCGAGUUGCGUGCUUCAGCUGCGGAGGACAGCUGAGUAACUGGGAGCCAGGUGACAGAGCUGUAUCCGAACACCAGAGACAUUAUCCAAACUGUCGUUUUGUCCGGGGGGACAGAGCUGACAACGUGUCGCUGGCCGGAGUGGCGGGAGCUGUGUCUGGAGCAGUAACUUCCCAACUGUCCUCAGGAGGCCCAGCUCUCAGUAAUGUGUCCAACCCUGCCAUGCAGCAGAGCGAAGAGAGGCUGCUCACCUUUGUCCACUGGCCCUCUCGUAUACCUGUCCGGCCUGACCAGCUGGCUAAAGCCGGCUUCUACUAUGUAGGUCGUAACGAUGAUGUCAAGUGUUUCUGCUGCGAUGGAGGCCUGCGAUGCUGGGAGUCUGGAGAUGAUCCGUGGGUGGAACAUGCUAAAUGGUUUCCUCGGUGUGAAUAUUUGCUCCAGGAGAAGGGACAAGAGUUUGUUCACCAGAUCCAGGCUCGUUUUCCUAGGCUGUUUGAGCAGCUUCUGACAAAUGGAGACAGCAGCUCCAGAGAAUUUGUGGAUCCACCUGUGGUUCACCUCGGUCCAGGAGAGGAGCGAUCUGAGGACGCCGUCAUGAUGAACACCCCUGUGAUCAAGUCCGCCUUGGAGAUGGGCUUUGACAGGAGUCUAGUCAAGCAAACGGUCCAGAGCAAGAUCCUUACCAGUGGAGAGAACUACAGAACAGUCCAGGAGCUGGUUUCUGACCUGCUGAGUGCCGAGGACCAGAAAAGGGAAGAGGAGCGUGAGAUGCUUGCAGAGGCGAUGGCGUCAGAUGGUUUCACCUUUGUGAAGAGACACCAGGCAGCAUUGAUCCAGCGUCUCAAGAGUGUCGAGCCAGUGUUGGACCAUUUAAGAGAGCAAAAUGUGUUAUCUGCGGAGGAGUAUAGCAGUCUUCAGGCUCAGACAUCAGCCCAGCAGCAAACUGCCAGGCUGAUAGAGCUCGUCCUCACAAAGGGCAAUGCUGCCGCUGAGGUCUUCCGCAACUGGAUCCAGAAAAACGACGUCCACCUGCUCAGAGAUCUCAUGGCUCAGUCAAACGAAGCUGCAUCACCAAGCCUAGAUCUGUCAGACCUUCCCAUGGAGGAACAGCUGCGGCGCCUGCAGGAGGAGCGUACCUGUAAGGUGUGUAUGGAUAAAGAAGUCAACAUCGUCUUCAUCCCAUGCGGACACCUGGUGGUGUGCAAAGAGUGUGCACCAUCACUCCGGAAGUGCCCAAUCUGCAGAGGUCUGGUUAAAGGAACAGUCCGAACCUUCCUUUCAUAACCAGGAGGCUUUCAGCCAUGUUCCCUCAGUCUCAUGUGAUUGAAUGUAAGCAAUAUGAUAUAAAUUUAUAUUUAUUGGAGAGAAGUUUUUUUUUUUUUUUUUUCCCUCCCCCCCAGUCAUCUGUGAUUGACCUGUUCAUGGUAAUCCUUAGAGACAUUUAAGAUGUUACCAAAUUUCCACGAUUUAUCUACAUGGCCAAAUAAAAGUCAAAGAGAAACUUAACUGAUAAGAAUUUUAAAAUACAGGAAGUUGUAAAUUGUCAACUCGAGGCCGAUUUCAUAUUUGAUUUUUCAACACAUCUGCUGGCUUUUGUGAUUAGGGCUACUUGAUAUGUUUUAGAACAGUAUUGUACUAUUAUCAAUAAAUAUCAAAUAAAGAAACUGAAAAAUCUCAAAAUAAUCACAUUAAUGUUCAAUGCAGUGAUCUGUGUUCCACUGUUAUCAGUUACAUUAAAACUUCAAUAGGUUAUUCUGUUUCUAAAAUAACUUAAGAUAGUAUCAUAAUGAGAGUCUAUAAGAGCAGCCCUGCAGUAAACAUCAGUUUGAUGCAGGUCUAAAUCAUUUAAUUGUUAGAUGUAUCAGAGAGACGGCCAUUGCUAAACAUUAGUGAUGAGUACAGGCAGCAAGUACAGUAAAUCAUGAUUACAGAAGCAGCUAUAUAAGCUACACAGGUCUGCUUUAUUGAGCUGAGGUGUUGAUUCUACUUUACUGUAGUCAUUAAUAAUGUAAGGGAACAUCUCAAAAAAAGUGGUUACAAGUAGAUUCAGUGCUGACUGAAUCAAAAGAUAAUUAAAUAAACAAGUUACAAUGUCAUCUGUAUGAAAAACUAAACUUUAUGAAAGUUAAAGGAAUCUGUAUAAACUUUACAGCAUUUACUGCAGGGUUUGUCUUAUUAGAUUUUGACCAUUUCUUUAUUAGAGAAGCUAAAGUUUACUUUUCAAAAUUUGAAUCACUUUUACUAAACUAGAAAUGUAAAACUAAGGCAUAUUCUCAGUUUUCUCUAUGAAACAAUAUUUUAAUAGCACCUUACUAUCAAAUUGAACUUACUUUAGUGAAUUACCCAACAUCUCCAAUUGUGAAGACAGCUUUAUUUAUUUUACAUAAAAACAUGAAUAUAUUCUGUUCUUGAGUAAAAAAUUACACAUAAGUAAAUAUGUCGUAAGUCCUUUUUCUCAGACAUCUGGUGAUACUAAUCCUGCAUUUUUCCUUUGCUUUCGCACCAGAAACUGGCAACACUGACAACUGUCAGUUCUGUGGCCUGCAAUUGCUGUCAUUUAUUCAGUGAAUGUAGGAACAAUAUUAAUA